AUGUCAGGACAUCACCGCAUCACCCUCGCCGCCAAUCCCCCCUACUUCGAUGGCGACAAGUCCAAGUACCUGGGCUUUGUGGACGCGUGCACCACUUACAUUGGUGCCUAUCGGUCAGAGUUCUCACUGGACGAGACGAAAAUCCUCUUCGUCCUGUCCUACCUCCGCAAUGAGAGCGGCACAAGCUGCGCCGCCUCAAGAUGGGCGAUGAACUGGAAGCAGCACAAUUUCGAGGGCUUCCAAGGACUAAAGGCGGGAGUCACCGCGACAAGCUUCUUGGAGGAGCUUCAGAGGGCCUUUGGGGAUUCUAACGCAGAGCAAGUCGCUGCCGCCCGACUCAUGGCCCUUCGCCAGGGCAGACGGUCCUUCGCGGACUACAUCUCUGACUUCGAAAUGCUGGCUGCGGACGCGGGGUACAACGUGGUCGCCUUAACCGAUGACAAGGGCGAGUACAAGAAGGGGGAUCAGGACAACAUCCUCAUCGAGUUCCUCGAGCGCGGACUCAGCAGCGAAAUUGCAAGCCGCCUCUACAACACCGGUGUUCCCCUGCCCAAGGCAUAUGGUGCCUUCAAGAAUUGGUGUGUCAACAUCGAGGCGAACGCUCUACGCGAUCAGCUGCGCAAAGCAUCGCAUGCGCAAUCCGCACCACGACCGCCUCCCCAAUUCCGCCCGCAGGCAGCCCCAAUGACACCUGCACCCGCCCCGGCCCGACCCGCUGCCAACGAGCCAGUUCCGAUGGAAAUCGAUCGCACCCACGCCCGCGGCCGCAAUAUCAUCUGCUACAACUGUCAGCAGCCUGGGCACAUUGCGCGGAACUGUCCGGAGCCAAGGAAGAAGCGCACAUUCUUCAAUCGGGCCACGAUGUUGGAAGAGAUCGAGAACGGGGACAAGGACAACGAGUUCCUCAAGGAGAUCGCUGAGAAGCUGCGCGAGAAGGGUUUUUGA